UGUUGACAAAGCUGACGACGUUCCGAAAGCAAAGGGAAUACCAGUUUGUCAUUUAACGAUUUCGCAAGAUUUUUAUUGAGUAACAUUUAGUGAGUCGGUGCUUUAUUGUUAAUCAUCAUGGAAGAUACUGUGUUCCAGCUUCGGUUUUGUGCAAAACAAUUGGAAAGGCUGAGUAAGAAGGCAGAAAAGGAGCAAGCUGCUCAACAAGCAAAAAUUAAAAAAGCCUUGCAACAAGGUAAUGUGGAAGGUGCCAAGAUCUAUGCAGAAAAUGCAAUUCGUAAGAAAAAUGAAGCUCUUAAUUUCCUAAGAAUGGCCUCAAAGGUAGAUGCUGUACGAUCUAAAGUUCAAACAGCUGUCACAAUGAAAGAGGUUGCAAAGAACAUGGGAAUGGUAGUAAAAGCAUUAGAUAAAGCAGUGAAUUCAAUGGAUCUCCAAAAAAUUUCUAAUGUAAUGGAGAAAUUUGAAAGCCAGUUUGAAGACAUGGAUGUCAGAACUUCCGUUAUGGAAGAUGCAAUGGGAGCAGCCACAACUUUGUCAACUCCCAGGGAUCAAGUAGAUCUUUUGAUACAACAAGUUGCUGAUGAAGCUGGGCUUGAGAUCACAGAUCAGUUGGCUAAUGCUGGAUCCAUACCGUCGGCGAUUGGAACACCAUCCUCUGUUGCUUCUAGUGCAAACGACGACCAGCUCUCUCGUCGAUUGGCUGCUCUAAGACAAUAGAGCUAUAAACAUACAUUAACUUUUAAUAAAAUGCCUUGAAUACCUGUCUAAUCCUUCCCAAAGGUUUUACUCACACUUGAGAAAACCAUGAUUUAUUCAAAGAGAGCCUCAUUUCUCUCCUGUGUACAUUGUGAUUUGCAUUAUAAAUACUAAUGGCUCUAGUAUGCCACUUCAUCUUCA